AUUGCGAUUUGGGUAUUUUGCAAAACAGAAAGCCACGCCAAGUAAGCCGAUUGCUCAAAGGUUGGCCCUAAACCCGUGAUCGAUCUCGUCCACCUAGCUAGUAGCCCCCUUCCCCAUAUAAAAAGUCGAUCCCACCCUCCAAGCAAGCAGCCGUGAUAGCAAUAGAGCCUCAAACAUCUUCUUCCCCAUCCAUCACCACCAAACUUCAACAACCACCAAGCUGCUGCCUAUGGGGCCUCAGCAAGACCGGCAGUCCAUGGCGAAUGGCACGGCGACGAGGAAGGAGACGAAGGUGGUGCACUACCGGGAGUGCCAGCGCAACCACGCGGCGAGCAUCGGCGGGUACGCCGUGGACGGGUGCCGCGAGUUCAUGGCGUCGGGCGCGGAAGGCACGGCGGCGGCGCUCAUGUGCGCCGCCUGCGGGUGCCACCGCAGCUUCCACAGGCGCGAGGUGGAGGCCGACUGCGACUGCUCCUCCACCACCUCCAGCUGAAUUCGAUCAAGCAUCAGGAGCAUGUGAGAUCGAUGAUGGGUGGCGAAGGCAUUGAAAUGAUUGGUAGGUGCAUUAUUUUCAGCCGUAUAUGGUGGACCGAUAUUUCUUUUCUUCUCUUCUUCUUCUUCUUUUUGGUCCCUUUUGGUCUUGGAUUUCCGGUGAAACUUGUACUGAUGUGUGUGUGUGUGUGUCAGUAUAUGUGUGUUGAUCGUUGGUAUACGGUGCUUGUAACUGAUGUGCAUGUAUAUAGUCGGAGUGCUUUCCCUGUUAAUUAUCAUUUCCGUAUAGAAAUUAAUGAACAUGCACCUUACUAUAUUUCGUA